CAGGGUACUUUGGUCUGCCCUGGCAAUGUGCUGUGACGAGGUGGUUCUUUUCGGAGCUCCUUCAACUAUUUGCCCAGCUCAGUAGCUGCUGUCCUCUUGCUGCUACCGGUCUUGCCAUCGAGCCAGCCAUUAUAGCUUGUACAGGGCUGCCAGGGCACUGUCUCCAGACAGGAAAGCGAGUCUUAAGAACAUUCGGAUACCACAGGGUACAUUUAGAGCGCAAAGUGCCAUGUGGUCACCUGCUCGUGGAGGGACUUUGCUGGCUAGACUGCUUCUCCUGGUGGCUGCUGUUGAAGCAUUUCGGAUUUGGCGUCCAAGAGUGCUCAAUCGUGCGGCCCGGGGAGACCAAUUCAGAAGAUGCUGUUCUAGUAAACGCCAUUAUCUCCCUUCGACCGCUGCCCUCGCGCUUCGACCUUCCUCUUCCGCAAGCGUGCAGGGUGCAGCGGAGGGAAGUGAGAUGAAGGAACGGAUUCGGGCGUCAGUCCCCCUGUCGGACGUGAUCAAGCAGCACGUGGACUUGGAUGAGAAAGGGGACGGGCAAUGGAUGGGGUGUUGUCCUUUCCACGACGACAAAAGUCCCAGCAUGAGCGUGAGCGAUGACAAGGGCUUGUACCACUGCUUUUCCUGCGGUGCUGGCGGUGAUAUUUUCAGCUUUGUGUCCAAUAUAGGAGGCCUUUCAUUCCCCGAGGCUAUGGAACUCCUGGCAGAUGAAGCCGGCAUCGAUUUAGUUAAAGAAGGAUACGGCCAGGGCGGUGGCAAAGGGGCUUCAGGAGCGACCAAGGAAAGCCAUGCCCGCCUGCACCAAGCCCUGGAGGCAGCGGGCGAAUACUACGCAUCCAUGCUCUUGGAGGCAUCCGCAGGGCCAGCGCGCACGCACUUGCAGGAGCGGGGCUUUAGCGCGGGCCUUGCCUCGGACUUCGGGUUGGGUUAUGCCCCCGUGCGUCCCGGCGGCCUGCUCCGACAUCUGGGUCCGUUGAAGCUCAGCCGCGAGGAGCUGGUCAAGUCUGGCCUUUUCAGUCCCCGAAGCUUGGACAACCCGUCGCCUUUCGACCGUCUGAGCGGGCGUUUGAUAAUUCCUAUCCGGAACGCGCGCGGACAAAUGGUGGCGUUCGGAGGGCGGUUGCUGGACGAGGGGCCGCUGGCCAAGUACUUGAACACCCCCGAGACGCCCGUCUUCAAAAAGAGGAACCUUCUCUUCGGGGCCCAUGUGGCCCGGGCCGCGAUUCGCGAGAAAGGGACGGCGCUGGUAGUGGAAGGGUACUUUGACGUGAUGGCUUUGCACGGAGCGGGGCUGCGGCAUGCAGUGGCGUGCAUGGGCACCGCCGUGACGGGGGACCAUGUGAAGACUUUGCAGAAUGCUUUGCCCUCGGGGGGGGGCACCUUGGUUUUGGUGCUGGACAGGGAUAAGGCGGGCCAACGCGCGGCGGCUCGGACGUGUCGGGAGCUCCUCCUGCCCCUGGAGGCGGAGGGUCGUCUCGGCGGCCUCCAUGUCAAAGUGGCCCAGCUCCCGGAGGGCUCGGGGGACCCGGACGACUUGCUGCGGGCGUAUGCAGCCGGGUGGGGGCAGGCCCAGGCAGGCGCCAUGUUCGAACGGGAGGUGGUGAACAAGGCGAUGCUCUGGAAAGAGUGGUAUGCGCGGCUCUUGAUGGAAGAAGGAGGGGAGGUUGGGGUCGGUAAAGCGGGGGCUAGCGCCGGGGGCCCGCAUGCGAGCCGAGGGGACACAGCGGCCUUCUCGAGACGAAGCGAGGCGUUGACGGACUUCUUGGCGCGUCUUCCCGCCACGCAACAAGCAGACCGGACGUUCCUGUGUUCAUUGCUUGCCCGUGAAGCCUUUCCUUCGGACGAGCCCUUGAGAGCGCGGGUGACCUCCGACUUGCUGCAGCAGUGCGACGAGAAACACAGCGCCUACAAGGCGCGGGAGACAGAGCGGGCUCGGCAACAGCAGCAUGAGCAGCAGCUUAAGCAGCAGCAACAGAAGCUACAGCAGCCACAGAGACUGCAGCAGUCAAAGGAGGAACCGGCUCCGCGGCUCCAACAGACGCAACCACCCGGGCGGCAACAGCCCCAAUACCCACACCGGCCCCCGCAGCGGGUGACGAACCUACCAGCUCCUCAGCCGUCUUCUGCACCAGUAGCACGGCCUCAAAGCCAGCAGUCGCAGCAGUCAUGGGCUCAGUAUACCCCACUCAAGCAAACCGGCAGGACACCUGCCCCUGAGAGGCAAGGGCGGGAGGAGACCCGCAGCUGGGAUGAGCACAGGGUUUCAAGGCCGUCAUAUACCUCGUCCACCCUCCAAGGCUCGGCUUUCUCAUCGCCCCCUUCCUCCUUUGGCGCGCCUGGGCUGGGCGACGCGCGGUCUGAGUCCCUCCACGCGAGCAGUUUGAUAUCGACCGCGCAAGGAGUCUCCGCGAGCCGCCCGAGGCCUCCGCCUCAAAAGGCUGCACCCCAAGCCACCCCCCUCCCGUCCUCCCCGCCUCCAUCCUCGUUCAACGAGGAAGAUAGCAAGGCCAUUUUCAUCUACGAACAGUCCCUGAUCGAGCUCCUGAUAGCUGACCCGCGCGCCCGCGCCCGCGUGCGCGACUUCCUCUGGUCAACCGUGGACGGACUGGGCCUGCACGAGCAGCAGCCCCCGGAAGCGCAGCAGCUUAUGCUGUCCACGCACUCCCACCAACUUCUCUUCGACUGGCUCAUGCAGGCGGAUGCCCGGACCCACAGGUCCUCCUUGUUGUCCUUUCCCCCUCCCAGUCAGAGCCCAGCCUUAAGCGUCGCGCGGCUAAAGCAGCAGUUUGAGAUGGACGUGCCGGCAUUUCCCGAGCUAAUCUCGUACUUUGACAGAAGUCUGGAGCGAGAGCGGGUGCCUCACAGCAUGGAUGACCUCCAGAGGAUCCUGCGGGGGGCCCUGGCGUUCCUGGUGAACGUGACCGUGGCCAGGCGCGUGGAGGAGGAAACUGAAUUUUGGCAACGGCGACUUCUGCAUUUGGAGGCGCAAAGGGAAGGCAGCAUGGCCAGCAGCAAAGGCCAUGCCAUGAUUGCUCCGCCCCUUCGUCCUGAAGCGACCGCGUCUUCACAGGAGAGGUACCCGUAUACUCGAGGGGUGGAGGAACAGCGCCAAGAAAGAAGAUACUUCCAGGGCGCUGAACCCCGAGCACCCUACCAACGGGAAGUAAGCGGAGCAAUGUCUCAGUCUUCUUGGCAGCACCGAUCACAAACCCUGCAGCAGCAAGCACAGCUGCAACAGGAACGGCCCCCCUCCCUGGAGGUCCGCCUGCAGCAGAAAGCGCAUGAGCAACGGGGCCGGUGGCCUUCGGAAACAGGAGAGGGUCUGAAUAACUACUACAACAGCGUUUAUGCACAUAGAGAUGCACAGGAAGCAUAUUUGCAGUCGCAGCGGGCGCGCGAAAUACGCUUCGGCUCUUCCCUUCCCCCGAUUGAGUCAAAUCCGCCAGAGGCGCGCGUCGGGCCUGCCCCAGGCCCUCCCAGAUGAUGGUGGUCUUGUUGAAACAUGACCGACUUUGUAACUAAACCACCGCACAAUGAAUAAGUAACUCACCUUCAGGCAUAUA